UGAUGGGGCGUGUUAGUGUUUUGCAAGUAACUGCGUUGCGUGGUGAACAUGACCAGUAGAAAAAGGAGUGCCAGUGAUAAGUUCUCUUUGGUAGCUUUCAAUGCAGUAUCGAGGUCACGACGACAACGAGACAGGCUUAGUGAAGUGGAUCAAUGGCGCGUAAUCAACAUGCCAGUUGGCUAUCUAGCACGCAGAAGGCGGAGCAUGCAGUUGCUCUCUCUUCCCGCGGAAGGAGAUGGGCAGAAAGAGAAAAAAAGACCGCCCAAGCUUUCUCCAUUUUUGAGGUUCAGGAGAGCAGCUAGAGUGAUUCUCCACUUGUGCAGAUUUUGUCUCUCUAUUGCAAAAGCAUGUCGAGACAUGACUCCUGCCUCUAUUGAUGAAUUGCUAUAUUUUGCUGGCAAAGGUGCUCAAGAGAGCAACAGAUUCGGUUUCAACAAGGACAGAUACAGAAGAAAUUUUGGGGAUUCAAUGCCUCCUUGGGCAGUAGAUCUUCUUAAGAAACCACCAUUGGAUCGGAACCCAAGAGAACUUAGACGUCUUCAAGGUUUGAUGAGAACAGUAGAUGGUUAUAGAUGUUUUUCAAGUGGGUUACAGCAAGAAACAAGUCAAGUCGUGCAGUAUGAAAGGUACGGACCAAACAGAAUUGUUCUGAAAGAAGGGCACAUUGGCAAUACUUUCUAUAUUGUCUAUUCUGGAUCACUGUUUGUCAAUCGUUAUGAAUACGACCGAAUUACUGGGCAACGUCACCUUGUCACUGCUACUCUUCUCCAAAAAGGAAACUGCUUUGGAGAAAUUGCUCUAAUUAAUGACUGUCGCCGAACUGCCACUGUGGUGACCAGAGAGCCAGUGGAACUCCUCUCUAUUGACAAAAGGAACUUUUUAAAACGCCCGUCAGGAUUUCAAUCAGAAAUGAUGCUUAAAGAAAAGUUUGCAAGAGAAGUGCAGUUGUUUAGCGGCUGGAAGAAAAAUGAGUUACAAGAAUUGCUGUUUAAGUCACAAGUGAUUGAUUAUCAGAUUGGGAAAGUGAUAGACCAAAAUGGUUCAAACAGUCGCUACUUGUAUAUACUGAUGGAGGGCAGAUGCAAAGUGUUGAGGAAAGUCAACAUACAAAAGCUCAGAGCUAAAGUAGAGAAAGAAAGGGAAGAGGCUGCUGUCAACACGUGGAUAAAAACUCAUCUUUUGCCUCCAAUGUGCCCUAAACCAGUGUCUGCAAAGCACCAAGCUGCACAACAUAGAAAACAACAGAGCCCCUCUGAUGGUCAACUAAAAAGAAAGUCUCUACCAUUAAAUCUAACCGAGGAAGAAGAUGAGAAGGAAGUAUAUAUUCAUGUUGGAAACAUCACAGCUAAAACUGUCUUUGACUUAUCAUGGCUGGACAGUAACGGUCCUCCACCCACCCUUUGCCUUGUCAGUGAAGGUGUGCAAGCUCUCCGUGUGCCAAAAUCAGAAUUCAUGAAUCGAGCAACUGAUGAAGCACGCGAAACUGCACGCAACUGCAUUGUAAAAUUCUGUACAGAUGGAGAAUUGUAUGAUGAAUGUAGCAAAUACAACAAAUGGCGAACAUUUCGGCAAAGAACACUUAGUGACAAUAUUUCAUCUCAAAUAGAAAGGGGAGUUUGGAGAACACAGAAGGCUGCCGAAGCAACACUAGUCUCCAUGUUUCAAACGGCAACUAAACCAAUAGAGUUUCCAAGAUACUUCCAAAGAAGCAAAGACAAACAGAAACAACUACAAAGAAGAACAUCAGGACUGCCAUUUGAUUCAAUGGCAUUAAUGUCACAACUCACAAUGUCAAAUUUUAGCACAAAAUUCUAAACAAAUAGAAAUUAAAGUUUUGAUCCACACUAAA